AUGUCUGAUCCAAAGCUUCACCAGACUGACCAAUAUAAAGGCUGGCUGAACAAGUGGACAAAUUACCUGAAAGGCUAUCAAAGGCGGUGGUUCGUACUCCAGAACGAUGGCUUGCUUUCUUACUACAGGACUCAGGCCGAGAUGGCCCAUACAUGUCGGGGCACCAUCAAUUUAGCCAACGCUUUUAUCCACACAGAAGAUUCUUGUACAUUUGUUAUUUCAAAUGGUGGUACACAAAGUUUUCAUCUGAGAGCCAGUUCUGAAGUAGAACGACAAAAAUGGGUGACAGCCCUGGAACUAGCAAAAGCCAAAGCUAUUCAAAUGCUGGAAUCAGACAGUGAGGAUGAAGAAAAUCAGCCGGACAAAAAUGAGUUGGUAAAUACUGUGAAUGCCUUAAGUGCCCGCUUUGAAGAUUUGAACACAUGCAACGACCUCAUUGUGAAACAAGGUGCUGCCUUCCAGCGUGCACUCAACGAACAUGAGCAUGUGGACAACACAGCAGACUCAACAAGCAAGAUAAAGGCAAUCAAUGAAAGAGCAACACUCUUCAGAAUUGCAUCCAAUGCUAUGCUAAAUGCUUGUUCCCAGUACUUGAAGCUUGCCCAAAAUCUUGGUAAACGAUGGCAGAAGCUGCUGCAAAAUGAACAUGAACAACGGCUGAAGCUUGAGGAGAUGGUGGAGCAGCUGGCCAAGCAGCAGGCAUCACUUGAGAAGCAAGCUCGAAAGUCCUUGCAUGCUGUCAAUUCACCUAUCAUGGAGAAUGAUACAGUUCCCCAUUCUUCUGAUGAAGACGAAUUUUUUGAGGCAGUUGAACAUCAGAUAGAAGAGUUCAGUGUAGCACUACCUUAUGAUAAAACUCACAGGAGAACAGGAAGUGGUGUAAGCAUUGAUAGUCUGGAACCAGGCCUGGAGGCUCAAAGCUCUUCAGAAUCUGAUGGUGAAGACAACACAAAAGAGGCCAGAGUUGUUUGUGCAAAGUCAGAGUCCUCUCCAAAGAAGACUUCAAAAGAAGGUGCUAAAUAUCCUCAUCGGAGGAAUGCCAGUCAAGAUAAGAAUAGGCAAAGUUCCAUCAGUGAAGGUGCAGUUGGGGGUGUUAUUGGGCAGUGCCCAAGAGUGCGUCGAAAAGCCAUAUUGGAGCGGCCAAACUACAGCCUAAAUCUUUGGAGCAUUAUGAAAAAUUGCAUUGGCAAGGAGCUUUCUAAAAUACCUAUGCCUGUGAACUUCAAUGAACCCCUUUCAAUGUUACAACGACUUACUGAGGAGUUUGAAUACUCGGAGUGCCUUGACCAGGCAGCACGCUGUGAAUUAUCUGCUGAACAGAUGGUGUAUGUGGCUGCUUUCACCAUCUCUUCCUACUCUACCACUACCAACCGUACCAGCAAACCAUUCAAUCCCCUGUUAGGAGAGACUUAUGAAUGUGACCGUACAGAUGACUUGGGAUGGAGAGCACUUGCAGAACAAGUUAGCCACCACCCCCCAAUGUGUGCUCAAUACACAGAGGGCAGGGGCUGGCGUUUGUGGCAGGAGUUCACAAUGAUGAGUAAGUUCCGUGGAAAGUAUUUACAGAUUAUUCCAAUGGGUAUUAGCCACUUAGAAUUUACAAAGUCAGGUAAUCAUUACACAUGGCGGAAAGUUACUACAACUGUGCACAAUAUCAUUGUUGGUCGAUUGUGGGUAGACAACUAUGGUGAAAUGGACAUCACCAACCACACGACUGGUGAUAAGUGCCACUUGAAGUACUCAGCCUACAGUUACUUCAGCAGGGAGACGCCAAGAAAGGUAACAGGGGUAGUGACAGACAACUCAGGGAAAGCUCAGUGGGUGUUGACAGGAACAUGGGAUGACAAAAUGGAAGGCGCUAAAGUUAUCAAUGUUGAUGAAUCCAAAGGAAAACCUAUCUUUGAGACAGGUUCACAUAAAUAUGUAUGGAAACGUAGAGCUCCACCAAAUGGUUGCGAGCGUAUGUACUACUUCACACAAUUGGCUCUUGAACUGAAUGAGCCUGAAGAAAAUAUUGCUCCAACAGACUCUCGAAAUCGACCUGAUCAGCGCCUCAUGGAAGAUGGCAAAUGGGAUGAGGCUAAUAAAGUAAAAGUAAUGUUAGAAGACAAACAGCGUGUAGCAAGACGUCGUCGAGAAGCUGAAGCAGAAGCUUCCUUAUCUCAAGGUUGGGAAUAUCCUGGCUAUGAACCUAUUUGGUUUAAAAAAGAGACUGACAAGAUCACUGGAAAUCUGAUACAUAUGUAUAGAGGAAAUUACUGGGAAUGUAAAGAGAAACAAGAUUGGUCCAUGUGCCCUGACAUCUAUCUGACUCUAGAGGAAAUUAGCCAAUCAAAAGCCUCAUAA